AUGGGUGAAGCCAAGCCAGCCAAGAAAGAUGAGAAAGCUCCAGAGAAGAAGGUUGAGCCGGUGAAAGCAGCAGAACAACAAAAAGAAUCGAAUCGUCAAUUCCAAACAAUUAUUGGUAUUGGAGGUAACACUUUUUUUAACAGUAUAAGGAAGUUUCUAUCGCAAAACUCCCGAAUUUCAGGUGCCAUUGCUGUAGUUAUUGCUGGUUUGAUAAUUCAAGAAAUCUAUAGUAGAUUUGUUAUUAUUCCAACUAAAGAGAGAACAUUUGUUAAUGUAACCGAAUUGGAUUAUGGAAAUGGUAUUCGUGUUUUUUCGACACCUGAUGGAAUAAUUGAAUUUCUUUAUGCCUCGAAUAGAAGUCUUGCAGCAAGAUUGCAGGUGGAAAAUACGGAAAAACAAAUUUUGAAGGAUUUCGAUUUUUUACAAUUUCAAGAUGGUGAUGGAACAAAUGUUGGAAAAUUGCAGUAUCAAUGUUAGUUUUUUAUUCAUGAGAAAAUCAUUUAAGAUUGUACUCUAGAUUGUUUUAAUUCAUUCUCUGAAUUGAUAUUUCUUCGAUAAAAACAUCAAAAUUUUCAGAUAAUAAUCUAAUCGUCACAAUUCGUUAUUUGGUACAAGCUGAACAGUUAACACUAAUCUUCGAUGCUGCAGGAUUCAAUCAACAUCGACAAAAUUCUAAACAUGAAAUUCUUAUCACAACACAAAACUCUUCACAAGUAGAAUCGAUAACAGUGGUGGAUGGAACUCAAGAGGAUAUCACUAUUUUUACACAGCAUCAAGUACGCUUUAUUUUAUUUUUAUUGUAAUUUAUUCAGUCAUUCUGCUUUCAUUCAUUCAGUCAUUCUUCAAUUCUUCUUUUUUAGCUAUCUGGAAAUUAUGAAGAAUCGAACAAAUUGCAUAAUGAGGCAUUGGAAAAGUAUCAUGAAGAAUUUGAAAAAAUCUACAAAUUGAAAGAAAAACAAUUGCCAACAUUCUAUCAAGAAAUGGGAAGAAGCGCAUUGUUAGAAGUUAUAAAAUCUAUAACUUAUCAUAACACAACAAACCUUGUUGGACAUGAAAAUGGAUUUUUCAACAGUGAAAAUGACUUGGUCACUUAUCUUCAAAAUGGCCACAAUGCUAUUGAUUCUCAAAUUUUUAGUCUGAUCGUUGCCUCUAGUUUUGAUGUUAAAGGAGUUGAAUUGGUGAGUAAUUCAUAAUUUCUAUCAAAUUUUAACCAAAACGUUUCAGGCUCUCGAAUCUUGGCUUAAUACAAUCAAUGAGCUUCAAGAAUUAGCAAACUAUGUGAAAGAUGAAGCUUACCAUGUUGAUAAAAUUCAACAACCACUUCUAUUCCAACUCAUAAAAGUUCUCGUCAAAAAUCCAGCUUACAAAAAUCUUCUCAUCAAACUGUAUCCAAAACUUGAAUUCAUAGCUGAAGAGACUUAUAAACAUUCCACACAUUUUUAUUGGAUUGGAACAUCAAGCGAUAUUUUUGGAUUGAAAUCUAAAACUGGAACAAAAUCUCAAUCUCUCGAACUCAAUUGUUUAUUAGAAGAUAUGAUGGAAACUAUGGUGGAUCUUGCAAAACUUGCUGGAAGAUCGUUUGAUUUGUAUGAAAAACAAGUAGAGCAUUUGAGAAAAGAACGAGCGCAGUUUUGGAAUUCUGAAAAAUCAGAGUUUGGAGAUUUGCAGCAAAAGAAAUUGGUGAAGUCGACUUCGCCGUUUGCACCAUUGAUUUUGGGUGUUCUUGAAGCUGAUUCGACAGAACUCGCGACUUUGAUCAAUAGUAUUGAAAAUAGCGAGGUGAGAAAAUAGUUUUUUUUUUUGAAUAUUGAUGUUUUUAAAUCUUGUAAAAAUUACUAACUAAAGAAAAUUUCUAACUUUCCGACAUAAAUGAAAAAUUUAUUCUGAAAAACUUAACUAAAUUUGCUUAUGACAUUCUCAGGGACCGAUAUUUUUUGCCUAACACACACUAGUUAAAAAAAACCCCAGACAGGUGUACUUUUUUUAAUCGUAUAGUUCAGAUUUGUAUCCUAAAUCUCAUUUUUUUGCAGUUCUAUACAAAAAUGGGAAUUCAAGAAAGCUCCACCUCCGGUUCAUCAAUUGCUGCAAACUAUCUUCUUCUUGGUUCACUUCAAAAAUACUCCAAUAAAUCUGGUCCCAAUCAACACAAAGCCCACGUACUUUUCUCAAUCCUCAAAAACAAUAUAAUUUCUCAUGUCGCUCGAAACUUUAAAUCCCAAAAAUCCCUUUAUUCCUAUUAUGAUAAUGAAGGUAACCCGGUUGCUGGUAAAGGCUCAAAUAAUGGAGCCUUAAUCUUACCAAUAAUGGCGGAAAUGUUUGUUUGAAAAAGUCUUUUGUUAUUUAUUUGGUUUAUAUAUGUAUGGGUCCCAAAGAUAGGUUAACCAAACAAUACAUUUGUGCAUCUUUAUUGAUUUUUAUUCUCAUUCUCCUCUUUUUUAUCAAAAUAAAAUGUUUUUUCUACUUUUUUGCUGUUCUUUGGAGGCUAUAAGAAAACAAAGAAAAUAUAAAGGGAAAAUAAGAGAUUCCCGAGAAAAAGAGAUACGAUAGGGCGCAUUUUCUCUCUUCCUCGAAAGCAUCCCUGUGAGAUUUUUGUUUGUGCAUCUUUUUUUUUGCUCUUUCGCACAUAUUUCUAUUUUUUGUGCUUUUUCUAGAUGCGGUUAACGGAAUUGAAAAAGCAUGUUAUCGUGGGACAAGCUUUUUUGCUUCUAGCUUCAUUUUCCUCAACUUAUUGGCAAGUUCAUGGUGAGUUUUAACAACAAAUUGAUAUGAAGGUUGAGAAUUCAACAAUAAAUAUUUUCAGGUUUAUUUGGAGAGCGAGGUCUGGUUCCGGUGGCAACGAAAUUAGACUGUGGUACGUUGCAUCAUUGAAACAAGAAAAAAAACAGUUAUUUUUAUCCGCAUCUAAGAUCACUUUACCGAAAUAGUAUGCGAAAACAAGAGAACGUGCAAAUUGCAACUUUCUAUCUCUCCCAAAUAUUUUCGCUUUCUGAGUUCAAUAAAAUCAUUUUCACAAAAUUUUGUGUCCUAUAAAGAAUGUUUUUUUUCAGAUGACGCAAACGUGUUUCAUUGCCGUCUGCCAGUUCUUCAUAUUUUCUCAAGUUUUCUUAAAUUAUCGCCAUCUGUAUCAUUACAACUUGCCGCUUUUAUUGGUAUUAUUUUAUCGAUUGGUGUGAUUUUGGUCAAACGAUUGAGAAAUGCCAUCAGUUUUGUUGUUCUUUUUGUGUUGUUGAGAACAAUUCAAGAUGUAUGGUUUUUUAUUAUCAGUUUUAUUUUUCAUUUUUCUUAUCAAAGUUUUUUUUAGGCUGGAGAUGUUUUCUUUUUCACCGAUGCUGAUGCGUUUCUUUUAGAAUCUACAGGUUAUGUCACAUUUUUAGCUUGGUUUGGUGAUGGACCUACUGAUAUUGUGAGUUACAAGAAGUUCAACUAAUUUUUUAAAAUAUUUUUUUAUCUAGAUCUCAUUAUUCGCAAUUCUUUGCUUCGGAAUCAGAACAGUUUUAUCAAUUGGCAUUGCAAAGAUCAAAAAUGAUACUUGGUUCAAAUUUGCAGGUAAGAGAACAUUUUUUCAAGGAUAAUAAUUUAAAUGAAUCCUAUUUUUAUAGCAUUCGAUCAAUAUUUUGAGUUAAUCCCAUUGCCUACAAGUCUUUCGAGAGAUGUCCAUUUUGCACCGAGAAAUGUUAAACAAUAUCUUCAAAUCUUUUUGAAUUUUGCGGAAUUGGUCAUCCCGAUUUUUGUAUUGUUCCCGGUUAGAAAAUUCAGACAUUUGGUUUUUGGACUUUUGGUAAGUGAAUUUUUCAAGAAAAAAACAUUUGAGAGAGGUUUAUCAGAAUAGUCUCAAAACGAAAUAGUCAACAAGAAAUUGGGCAACUACGUCAAAGUGAUGCAAUUUAAAUCUCCGAAUUGGAUUGAUCAAAAACUUAUCAUAUCAGAUCAAAGUUCAUGACUUAGUUUUGAGGAGAGCACAUUAAAUUUCAUGAAAAAAUUUCAAUAUUAUCAAAAACAUAGCAUUUCAACCUUUUUCAAAUUUUGAGAAGAUAAUCAAACCCCGAUAGUUUUCUGAUUCUAAAAACUCACAAAACUUAUCUCGCUUUACAGAUCGUUGUUCAAUUUUUCAACUUUGCAACUGGAAACUUUGGAACCUUCUACCUAAACAUUCUUGUUGUUUUCUUGGCAUCUCUAAACUUCCCAAGAUUCCCAAGUAACGUCGAAUUUCUCGCUACUGUUUCUGUAACAGCAAUAAUGGGUUUCUAUAUUCAAGCAAAAUUACCAUGGACAAUCAGUGGAAUUAAUGAUCAAAGCGAGAUAAUUUUAUGUAAGAACCUUUUCGAACUUUUUCUAUAUCAUAACAUGCCUCCAUUUCAGCCCAAAAAUUUGGAAGUGUGCCAGGAUUUACCAGUGAAUCUGUGAAAUUUGUAAUCAUGGGAGCUACACUUGUCUUCAUUCCAAUUGGAAUUAUGGUUAUUUUCAAAAUUAUGUCAAGUCGAAAUUUGUUCCGUAAUAUUGUUCAUUUAUUCGCUGUUGUCACUUUUGUUGGAAUAAUCUCGGCUUAUGGAACAAUUUCGAUUUUGCAACUCGAUAAGAAAACUUUUGGCGAUGUCUUGAAACAAAAACCAUUAUUGGCAUAUCAUAAAACGUUCAAGCAAUAUGGAAUGGCUGGAUCAUAUAAUCAAAUCUUUUCAAGCUUUGGUUCACCAGGAAGACCAGAAAUUGUAAUUGAAGGAUCAACAAAUGUUGAUGGACCAUGGAAGGAAAUUAAGUUUCACGCAAAACCUGGUCCAGUUUCAAAAGCCCCAAGAACUGUAGCUCCACAUAUUCCACGAAUCGAUAAUCAAAUGUGGGUUGCUGCACAAGGAACUUAUCAACAAAAUCCAUUUUUCUUAUCACUUGUUCAUCAUUUGAUGGAAAAUACUACUGAAGUUGUACGGCUUAUUGAGGAUUAUCCAUUCACCAACAAAUCUGAGCCGAUGAAUUUUGUUAAAGCUUCAUUGUAUAUGUAUCAUUAUGAGAAAUUGGGCGAGAAGUGAGUUUUUUUUUGUUAAGAAGGGAUCUUUCUGGUUGAAAUAGCCAAAGUCUCGGCCAGUACAUCUGAAACCUGAUAGGGUUUGUGAAUGAAAACAUUUGUUUUACCUCACCACCAUCUCAACUUUAAUUUUUUCAGAAAUUUCUGGAAAAGAAACGUACAAGAAGAAUACAUGCCAGUAUUUAACAAAGGCAAUCCAGCAAUCAUCAAAUUUUUGCAAGAAUCAGGAAAUCUUGUCAAAGAAAAAACUAAGGAGAAAUAUGUGAACGGUGAUUUUGGAAAGGGUUUCAAAAAAUUCCAUCGCAAAGCAUCUCAACACGAUCAAACACAUUUUGUUCAUUCAAUCUUGUUUGGAGUGUUUUUCAUUCAUGCCAUGAAUCGAUUUAAAUAA